UGGGGUUUGAGGUGUUGGCUGCGCUCCGAGAGGAAACCGGCCCUAUGGAGGCUAAUGAUGGGGUGCAGGCGGCACUGUGAUUAGGAUUGUUGUUGUUUGCAGCUGAUGAGGCGCUGGUGCUUCCCUCUCGCGCUGCCAGGGACACCGAAGUGUUGGCUGUCCCUGCGCCCCGCGCAGCCGGUAGAGGCACUCGGGACCCUUGGUUACGAUGCUCCUCGCCUUUGUUGUAGCGUUCACGGAGGACGGAGGUUAGCCCCUUGAGGGAUGAGCCAGGCCCACUGGAAGAGAAAAGUACUUUGAAGGCAAGAUAGGAAAAAUAUGAAAAGGCACCCCGAGACCGUAUUUUAAGUGAGAGAUGCGCUUCAGCGAUUAGAAAAUCCAGACAUUUAACGUGGAUGCACCAUGCCAGACCGUAGAAGAUUUAACGAAUGGGGUUGUGAUGGCCCAGGUUCUUCAAAAAAUAAACUGCCAAAGUGUUUCCAUAGUGGAUGUGCCAUUUGUGGUCCCACAAGCAGUGUAUGAAUGUUCCUAUUGCACCACAGUUUCACCAUCACUUGUAAGAGAUCCUGCAUAUUUUGAUGAAAAUUGGCUGAACAGAAUCAAAACCGAAGUAGGAGAUAAUUGGAGGCUAAAGAUAAGCAAUUUAAAGAAAAUUUUAAAAGGAAUCCUGGAUUACAAUCAUGAGAUUUUAGGACAGCAAAUUAAUGACUUUACCCUUCCUGAUGUGAACCUCAUUGGGGAACAUUCUGAUGCCGCAGAGCUUGGAAGGAUGCUUCAACUCAUCUUAGGCUGUGCUGUGAACUGCGAACAGAAGCAAGAGUACAUCCAAGCCAUUAUGAUGAUGGAGGAAUCUGUUCAACAUGUUGUCAUGACAGCCAUUCAAGAGCUGAUGAGUAAGGAAUCUCCUGUCUCUGCUGGAAAUGAUGCCUAUGUUGACCUUGAUCGCCAGUUGAAGAAAACUACGGAGGAACUAAAUGAAGCUCUGUCAGCAAAGGAAGAAAUCGCUCAAAGGUGCCAUGAACUGGAUAUGCAGGUUGCAGCAUUGCAAGAGGAGAAAAGUAGUCUUUUGGCAGAGAAUCAGGUAUUAAUGGAAAGACUUAAUCAAUCUGAUUCUAUAGAAGAUCCGAACAGUCCUGCAGGAAGAAGACAUCUGCAGCUCCAAACUCAAUUAGAACAACUCCAAGAAGAAACAUUCAGACUAGAAGCAGCCAAAGAUGAUUAUCGUAUACGCUGUGAAGAGUUAGAAAAGGAAAUCUCUGAACUCCGGCAACAGAAUGAUGAACUAACCACUUUGGCAGAUGAUGCUCAGUCUUUAAAAGAUGAAAUAGAUGUUCUUAGACAUUCUUCUGAUAAAGUGUCUAAACUAGAAGGCCAAGUGGAAUCAUAUAAAAAGAAGCUAGAAGAUCUUGGUGAUUUGAGGCGUCAGGUUAAACUCUUAGAAGAAAAGAAUACUAUGUAUAUGCAGAACACUGUCAGUCUAGAGGAAGAGUUAAGAAAAGCCAAUGCAGCUCGAAGUCAACUUGAGACAUAUAAGAGACAGGUAGUAGAACUACAAAAUAGAUUAUCUGAAGAAUCGAAGAAAGCAGAUAAAUUAGAUUUUGAAUAUAAGCGGCUAAAAGAAAAAGUUGACAGUCUUCAAAAAGAAAAAGAUAGGUUAAGAACAGAAAGGGAUUCUCUGAAGGAAACCAUUGAAGAGCUUCGUUGUGUACAGGCGCAAGAAGGACAGCUCACAACUCAAGGGUUAAUGCCUUUGGGAAGUCAAGAAUCUUCAGAUAGUCUGGCAGCAGAGAUUGUUACACCUGAGAUAAGGGAGAAACUUAUUCGUCUUCAGCAUGAGAAUAAGAUGUUAAAAAUUAACCAAGAGGGUUCAGACAAUGAAAAAAUUGCCUUAUUGCAGAGUCUUCUGGAUGAUGCAAACUUACGCAAGAAUGAACUGGAGACAGAGAAUAGGCUGGUAAAUCAAAGACUUCUGGAAGUACAGUCACAAGUUGAAGAACUGCAAAAAUCUUUACAGGAUCAAGGCUCAAAAGCAGAAGAUGCUAUUUCAGUUCUUCUAAAAAAGAAGCUUGAAGAACAUCUGGAGAAGCUGCAUGAAGCCAAUAAUGAAUUGCAGAAGAAGAGAGCCAUUAUUGAAGAUCUUGAGCCACGAUUUAAUAACAGCUCCUUAAAAAUUGAAGAACUACAAGAAGCUUUACGAAAGAAAGAAGAGGAAAUGAAACAAAUGGAAGAACGAUAUAAAAAAUACUUAGAGAAAGCCAAAAGUGUUAUCCGUACUUUAGAUCCUAAGCAGAAUCAAGGAGCAGCACCAGAAAUACAGGCUCUUAAAAAUCAGCUCCAGGAACGGGACCGACUGUUCCAUUCUUUAGAGAAAGAAUAUGAGAAAACAAAGAGUCAAAGAGAAAUGGAGGAGAAAUAUAUUGUUAGUGCCUGGUACAAUCUGGGAAUGACCCUGCAUAAAAAGGCGGCUGAAGAUAGACUUGCUAGUACAGGUUCAGGGCAGUCAUUUCUGGCUAGGCAAAGACAAGCAACCAGCACAAGAAGAUCUUAUCCGGGCCAUGUUCAACCAGCCACAGCAAGGUAGACAAGUCUUGCCAUCAGAAUAAAAAAACAUCCUACAUUCAAAGCAUACUUCUGUUACAUAUGACAACAUUUCAGGAAAUUCAGCCAGCUUAUUUUUUGUCUCUUUUAUGUUGAUAUUUAGUUGUUUCUCAUUUGAGGACUUUCUCUCUCCUAUAUCUAUAAUAUUUUAGUUUCUUGGUUCUUUAUUUUGUAGUCCUUUCAGUUCCUUUUAAUGUGCCAAAAAUUUUUAAAUGCCCAAUUAAAAGUGUUGUAUAAUAGUGUAGUACUUUUCUUUGUAUGAAAAUGUCCUUUCCCCAAUGGUGUAGGCUUUGUAAUGAAUUAGAUUUUCUGCCAAUAAUUGAUAUACAAUUUAUAUUCUUUAUUGUGCCUCUGUGUUACCAUGCUUUAUAAGAAUGUCUUUGUUUAAAGGGAAUUAAUCUUUUUAUGAUGUAUUAAUCUGUGUUUUCAAUUGUUUUCCAAAUGCACUUCAAAUAACUUGCAUAUUUACUAUAUAAAAUGGUUGGCAAGUGCACUUUUUGCAAAGACAUAAAUACAUUGGCAGAGGUGCUAAUCCGAUGUUACCUAAGGCACCUGAUAGAUUUAUUUAGAGGGAAAAAAAUAAGUUUUCCACGUUGUUUUAUAGGAAAUUAAAUUUGUCCGAAGAUUUGGAAACUAUUUUUAAAACAUACAUAAAAUUUCAUUAUUUCUUGCUAUCUUGUUUGCUGACAGAAGAUAAUGGAUUGGUUAGGUUAUUUGGGGGGAAAUUACAGGAAAAAAAUCAGGCAGUGCAUUCAUUUUUUUCUUGUUUUGAAAUAUCAUAGUAACUGAGGAUCAGAUUCUAGCAAUGCGGCUGACAUUUACAGUUUCAGUUACCCUCCACAUCUAAAAGAUUUAUUUUUCAUAUACUUACUAGUAACAGGUAGCCUUACCUUUUGGGCAAUUUCCUUGUUGCACCUCAUUUUACUUAUUCUUUAAUAUAAACCCUUCUAUUUCUCAAUUCCUAAACCUAACAUCUUAGUAUCAGUCCUUAAGAUCAAUAAGUGACUUCUUGUAUGUGAUGUUAUGACAGGUCUUUUAACAUUUUUUUCUUAAUUCUAUGUACUAGUCCAAGAAUCAGCCACUGAAUAGAUUCUCUUGGGUAUUUGGUUGCCUCAAAGUUCUUAGAUUUGUUGACAGAUUGUAAACCGUGUUCAUUUACUUUUUUGAAUGGCCAUCAAGUCAUAAUGAUUGUAAAGCACUUUGGCUGUAUAAGGUGCUAUAUAAAUGUGAAACAGCAUUCAUUUGAAAAUGAAAUGCCUCUGCCUGACUUUCCAUAUUAAGUAUUUGGUCCCAAAUUAUAUCUAAGUUCCCCUCCAGCCUUUUUCUUGCACCAUAGCCAAUUUUUUUUAAGCAUAAAAUUAUUGAAAUUAGGUUGAUUGGUUGGUUGGUUGGUUUUGGUUUCAGAUACGUCACCUAAAAAGAUUUUAUUUCAUGUACUUGCUAUUUGGAAGUUCAGGUUUCAUUUAGUCUUGUAUAUUAAAUACAAAUGAAUAACUCUAAAUCAAGUUAAAUGUAAUUAAGAACUUUCAGAAACUAUAUUCAAGUGUUUGAUUUUAAAUCCUUACUUUCUUUUUUGUAAGAAAAUUGACCUAAAAAUUAGUAGCGUUUUCAUUUGUCCUCAGAAACCAUUCUUGAAGAAAGCUAUUAGAGUAUACACGGAAAUGACUCCAUACACUGUGCUAAUUUUUUACAUUACGUACAGAGGUCUGAGUGCAGUAUGAUUGCUUCUGCCUGAUAAGACUAUAAAGCAGGAAGAAUUAGUAAUAAUGGAGAGAACGACGUGAGUAGAAUGCAUUGUGAGGUUUCAGGAGACUAAGCAGACCUCAUCAACAUAGGCAAUUUAACAGUACAAGAUUAAAAACUAGUUAAGAUGGUUCUUACCCCUGCCCCCUUAUUUCACAAAUAACAUAAGGAUUUAGCUGUUUUAAAACAGGGCAUGAACACUAACCUUGGUAACAUUAAAAUUGUUUGAAAAUUAUACUACCUGCAGAAUAAGAUAGAUGAAAAUAAAAAAAAAAGAGUCUAUGAUCUCUUUAUUAGAUGGAUUAUAUCCUAUGAGACGAGAGGUUUUAAUUUUAGUUCUUUGUUUACUGCUCCAGUCCUGGUCUUCUGGUCUACCUGGUAGGUAGGCUACCAGGUGCCAGGCUUUUAGAAGCAGGUUUUACUCAUUUUUCUUUGGCAUCUGUUGCAUGCUAUUAUUUUGGUGUUUACAUUCAUAACUUUCAUGUUCCUUUACUGUACCUGUAUGGGUUUAGUAUAUUACUUGCAUUACAUAGCAGAAAUUAUAUUCCUAAACAUUCUGAUAUUUUUUUAAAAAGCAGGAAUAAAACUGAGCUGUAGCAGUGACAACCUUGUUUCCCUUGCCCAGCUUUGGGCGAGAUUUAUAAAUCACUACUUCUCCAAUAAUGAUUAAUAAUUUUUCAGGAGGUUUGUGAUGAUGCAUGGUUUGUCUGGAAGUUAAAAGCCAUUAGGCACUUUAUCUAGAUGUGAGCUAUACUGUGCUAUAUUCUUACAGACUCCCUGUAUACAGUAGCUUCAAGAAGCCACAGUUUGCUCGAACAACAACAGAGCUGUAGCCCUGGCCUCCACAAUGGAGUAAGUACAGUGUUACUGCAUUAGCUUGGGGUGACCCAUCCCCGCAGUGUUGAAUUCUUAUAAACAAAAAUCUUAUUUUCUGUUUUCCUUCUAACCAGGGUAAGAAAAUACAAAGUAAAUAACUAAAAAAAUUUUUAAGAGUAACAUUUAUGUUCUGCAGUGUGCAUUUACAAAGUUUGUAAUCAGAAAAAAUCCAACAGAUAUUGUAGUUUUACCACCUAGAAACAGAGAAUAAAUAAUACAACUGUACAUAUCUGAAAAGAGCUUCAAAAAUUCAAUCAUAUCUUUUUAUCAUUUGUCUAAUUCCUUGAUAAUAACCAAGAAAAAAAGUCCCUAAAUAAAGGACCCAUGUUCCAAAAUUGAUUAAGAUUGAAUUAUUUCUAUUUGAUAGUCCUAGCCUGGUAAAAUUGGCUUGGUGGGAUGUGAGAUGAGUAGAUUAUAAUAAGGAUAAUUUUGCAUUUGUAAUUUUGUUGAAGUUUUAUUGUUCUGUUUAUACAGUAAAGCUCAAUUGUAAAAAAUUAAGCUAGAUGUUAUCCAGUCAGACAUUGGCCCUGACAUUUCAUUAACCCUGCACAGGCGUGAAAAUCCACACUAUGCAAGCACAUCAGCAGUAAGUGAUUGUUCAGUGAGAGAUGAGUUAGGCUAAAGAAAAGAUCAUUUUAUUAGCUAGUUUACUCACGUCUCCUUAUAAUAGCAGUUUUGUUUAUUUUUGUUAGCUAAUGAUACAAAAUAUCUUCCAGUGCCUCUUGCUCUCAGACAAGCAUUCAUCUUUUCAAGCUAACACCAUGUUAAAAAUUUGAAAAUCCCUAUCCCAAUAUGAGAAUUAUCUUGAAACCAGAGUCUAAAUUUUUAAAAUUAUCUUAACUCUCUGCAUUUAAUUUCCAAUUGUCCAGAUCUCAGACUCUGGAAUGUUAUAGUUAUUGCCAGUUGAACAUGUGAGAUUAUCUGAAAAAGCACCCACAACCCACAGCUACUGCACACCUAGCUAGUUUCCAGCCCUGUGGGUAAGAACACCGUGACCCUAAAGUGAGAGGAAAGUGCUUGGUGUUUUGCUUUUUGCUAAUUACAGAAUAACAACAUUAAGGCAAAAUGCUUUUUGUUGUCUAUUUCUUAAAUUAUGGAAGGAAGCAUUGACUUCUCCCCCUUGUAUGAUGAAGGGACUCAUUGUGCUGAUGUAGCAUAUUCAUUAUACUUCAAAGUCAACCUGUGUGAUGCCCUGCAGUAGAUGAAGGAGUGUGUUAAAAAAAGAAAUGGGGCAUCAUAAUCUUUGAAAAUUAUUUUAGCAUGCCUUUUAUUUUCCCUUUUUCUAAGUUAAGAGGGUCAUUCAAUAAUGAUAAUCUCUUUUUCUAUAGUCCCAACUGUCGAAAUGGCAGCUUAUUUUGGUACAUUUGAUUCAUUACAUUUAGAAAGUGGUUUCAGAGCUUAUUCUUUGUAACUAUAAUGAUUCUAAUAUUUUAUAUCAUGAAGUUUUUAUAUGAGGAAGGCUAUUCUCAAUGUGUCUGUCAUCCAAUUUUUUACUUUCUAUAAAGCAUAUUUACAUAAUAAUUGGUGUAUGUUCCUUUUAUUGAAAAUGUUUUAUUGUCCAGUUUAAGCACAAUAAUUUUAUUCUUCUAAAGUUUUAUAGUAAAUACUGUUCAUUUCUCAGAACCUAAAAAACAAAAUAAUUUUCUGCUGACACAGCUAAUUUCUGCCUUUCCCUAUUCCCCCAAAUCAUAGAAAUAUUAAUAUUUAGCUUCCUUUUUAUAAAACGAAGGACAGCACAAAUGUGAUGAUAUCCAUCUCUUCUAAAUCACUGAAUAUGUUCUUGAGAAGAAUUUAUUGAUUAUUUUGUUGCUAAACAGCCCUUUAUCAACCCAAUCCAACUCAUGUGUGUUAUCUAUGAAUGUAAAAACUUAUGAAGUUUAUUAAAUUGAUAGAGAAAGGGACAUUAGUUUAUUUGAGAAACAAGAGACCUGAACCUAAUUAUGGCAAGUAUAUGAGUUUGGACAAUUGUAGGGGGGUCUAUACAUGUUUCCUAAUGAUUACAUGUCAACGAUUAAUGUGAUGUCUCUCUUCAUUAUUUUUCUAUUUUCCAAUAAUAUUCUGUAAGAUCAGUUUGUCUGCUGUAUUUAUAAGUGAGCAUAAAAAUGUGAGGAAGUAACAGAAGACUGUGAAGGCAAAUCCAUUCCUAGAAAUUAGAAUGUAUUAUUGGGAUAAGACAUGGCCUGAUUAUAAACAAAUAUCCAGGCUGAUAGAAGUACUAAUACAAUUAAAAAUAACAUUGUCUUAACAAAUGUUCCUCAAGUGAUAGUUUACAUAAAAUCUUCUCACUCUCUUACAUGAUCAUUAAAUAAAGAAGAGUAGACAAAAAUGUAAUUUAGUUUCUAACUGUCCUUCCCUUCAGUGGGCAUUAGCUGGCAUGCAACAUUAACUAUACGUUUAUCAGUGGAAGGGAAAGCAUCUAUUUUUAUUUUGAAACUGUUAACCCAUUACUAAAUCUAAGAUAGUGAUUUGAAGCCAUUGAGGAUACUUGGAUUUGAUCAGAAGAACUCUGUGGUGGCUGAAAAUUACUACUGACUUCUCUAGAUCUGCUGCUUUAUCUAGUUUAUACACCUUAGGAUCAAUUUUAUGUUCCCCCCUAAUUAGACAUAGUAGCCCCCCCACAAUAUUUUGUUUAAAUUGAAAGCAGGAGUAGAGAUUUUUAAAAAUAUAUUCAAGAGAGUCUUUAUGUACCUGAUACGUUAUCACCAGGCUCUGAAUUAGAUCUUUAGGAUCUGAAGAUGAAAUCAUCAGAAAAAGUGUCCAUAGCCUCAAAAUUUCAGGCCCAAAGGGCUACCAAAUGUCCCAAAUUCUACCUACUCAGAGCUUAAAGGAAGAAUUAAAUACCAUGACAAGAAUAAUCUCAAAAUGAGAAAAAGAAAACUACCAAAGCAUGUUGAGGCUUUAAUGUAUGUGGGAGACUUCUGAGCAGGUGUUAUCACUUUAGAUAUCUCUAAGGUGACAAAGGAAAAUAAUUAGUUUAGCAAUUGUUAAAAUUAAUAAAAGGGAUUCAUGUUUAUUCUUGGUGUGUUUGUCAACCUAUGGGCAGUGCUUACUGUAUACAUUCUAUAGUGUGUAUAUGUCACUAUUAUAGAUGAGUGUCUUAAUAUUAUUUACUGUUCUAUCUAAUCAUUUAUGUAUUUAUACUUUACUGCAAGGUUCACAGCACUUUACUAAUAUUAGAUAAUUAUUUUUCUUCUACUUUUCUGUGGCAUUUUCUAUUUAUGUCUUUUCUGCUAGGGUCUUUUCCUUAUUUUGGAGUACUCACUAAGAAAAAUGUAAAAGAUCGCCCAAAGAAAUGGGCUCUGUACUCUUCCUGAAAUGUUUAAAGUGGGAUCUGAAAAUCCAAGUCUAAAGAUCUAUUUGAAGCUGGAUUGGGGCUAUUGGGCAUAAAUUGCAUUUUAUAUUUCACAUUAAUAAGACUUGUAUAAGUCAGUACUCAUGAGGCCAAAUUCUCUCAGAUGCCAACACCCUUGAAACCUUUUGUUUUCUGGAGUUAUAUUAGUAAAAAGUAAACAAUCUUCUAGUUAAUUAGAGAAUACCAGAAGGCACCUAGUCCCAUGGCCUGUGUGUACCCAAUUUUGAGAGACCAGAAUAGUCCAGUUCCUGGGCUUAGACGAACCCUUUAAACCCAGCUGAAUUGUUCUCAGCAGGCUUCCUGAUAAAAGGGGAAGUGUCCACUGGCCUGAUAACUAAGUCACUCCUGGUCCUCCCGACUCCCAGAGAGAUGGACCAUCAGCCAUGGGGAGUUCUCACCUUUGCUGUGCUGUUUCCUAAAAUACAAACCUACCAAUUGCCCUUAACUCUCAUAGUUUCUUCAUCAUUGCCUAUACCCAAAGACAGGAGAAAGAAAGCCAGGUUCCAGGAGCCAUAAAGUUGGAAAAUCUGGAAAAUGGUGGGAGUUAGUUGAUGAGAAAAGGUAGCAGAACGCUCCAGAAAUAUCCUUCAUUCUGCUAUAACAGAUGCUUAAUGAACUUGACUGUUCUUAAGUUCAAAAGUAGCUAAGUUUUCAGCCUGUUCUCUUCAGAGAUAUUUUUAGAAAUCAGGACUCUUCCAUUUGUAACUUAAAAAUGUUAAUACUCAAAUCAUAGUCAAAAAGUAGUGAAAUAUUUGUUGUUAUGUAAACAUUGACACAUGAUUACUGCCAAAGAAUAGGGAGAUUUGCUCAUAAGAACAUUCUCUUAGAGUUUUGUUUUGUGCUUUCACAUGAGAGAAAUGCCUUUAUAUUGUGAAAAGUUUCUGUAGUAUUUUCUUCUGUAUUACCCCCUGUUCUACUGAUGUGCUUUGCUUAAGCAAGUCACCUAGAAGAGAGCAACACUGAAAUAAGAGAAGUCUAGACCCUGACCUUUGAGAGAAGAGCUGCUUUUGUCCCCCUAAAGUAAAAAAUUAAAAAAGAAAUAUGCUCAUACAUACACACACACAAAGACAGAAUAUUAUGUUUUGAAUAUCUAUUAAUUUAGUUGUUGAGUGAAUAAGUUCCCUUCUAAAUGUCUUUACCAUCCGGUGGCUUGCUGAUUUAGAUAAGAGUAGAUCCUGGGCCUACAUUGUCCAAUUUAUUAGCCACUAGCCACAUGGUGAUUUACAUUUAAAUUAAAAUUAAAUAAAAUUCAAACUUUGGUUCUCUCUAAUCACCAACCACGUUUCAAGUGCUCAGUAGCCGCACAUGAAUAGUAGUUACCAUAUUGGACAGCAUAAAUAUAGAACAUUUCCAUCAUUGCAGAAAAUGCCUUUUUACAGUGCUGUCAUGCCCAAAGAGAAAACAAGGACAAAAUGAAAGUUUUCAGUUAACUUAUAAUAACUAUUAGAUUUUACUGCCGUAGUUGAAGAAAGCUGUUUUUCAUAUAAAAAUUAAUACCAGCCCUUUUUAAAGACACUGGAAAAAUCAAAACCCCAUUCUUUGAAACUAGUUUUCAAUGUAUUUUUUUAAACAGGUUCUUAGCACUUUACUUUUCAAGUGAUUAAAUUAAAUCAUUUCAUAAAUCAUAACUUAGUAUCUUCAGGCUUUUUUCUCCUUGUUUUGUAGUCCUCAAAUUGAUGAUACAUAGUUUCUAACACACAUAGAGCAAAAACCAAUGAAUGCGUUAUUUAUUCACAAAUAAAAAUUGCUAAACAUUUAUCCUUCUGUUAUUUUUAAAUCUGUAUAGAUCUAAUGAAAGUGGCAACAGUUUUUGUUUCUGUCCCUUUAAACAUUUCUCCCUAACAUCACAUUUGAUCGUUUCCCCCUUAAAGGUAUAUCAAGAUCCAAAUAAUUCCUUGGUUUUCUUCAUACUUUCUUGCUCUUAAUAACUUGGAUUACAUGAAUUAAGUUCAGUUUCAUAUACGAAGCAAGAAUUUUAUUCCAGUGACUUAGUUAAUGAAACAUUUUUUUGUAUUUAUUAAUUUACUUUUGAACAUAACGAAAAGGAUGCACAUGGAUGCAUCUUUGACUUUUUUAAUGAAAAUAAGGGACUUAAUCAUAACUCUUUUCAGUAGGCUUGGUACUUAGUUAAAACUGUCCUGUUAGGAAGUCAUGAUGCUGAUGCUUUCCUCUUCUGUUUUAAAUGUUUUAAAUCAGGCAACAGACUCAAUCCAGUAGGUCAAAUUCCAAGCAAAUUAUGAAAUUCUUAUCAUCAUUCAAGUACAGAUCGGUAAAUGGUGUGAUUUGAGUUUGUGUUAUUAUUUUCUUGUUGGCCUAAUUUAAUAUGUGUUCUACAGAGAUUCAUGUUAGUUAAGGGAAAUUUUCAUUAUGCUUGAAAUACAUAGUAUUUUAGUAUAAAUACAGGAAAAGACUGUACACAAAUGCCAAUCAAUGAUUUGAGGCCUUUUAAUUUUUUUAAAUAGUAGCCUUUUGUUUUUUAAUAGCCUUAGUUAUUUAAAAUUUAGAUGCACUAAAAUGUCAUUGCUGUCACUAACUUUGCUGUGAACAGGUUAUGUGUAAUUCAGAAUGCUUUGCACCUAGAAUAAUUUCGAGAUUUAUUUUGUUUUGCAGUUUUCAUGUUUUGACAAUUGCCCCACCAUUUAUAACACCCAGUUUUUGGUUGUGUAAUGAAUGGUAAAAUUCAAACAUAUCUAAUAAUUUAAUAAUUUGCCUUAUUUUGAUUAAUAAAUUCUAUCAAAGAUUUGAGGAUAGAAAAGGCUUUUUUUUUUUCUAUAGUAUUUUUUAAACUUUUCAGAUGAGCUGGAAAACACCUUAGUACAUUGGAGUUGGAAUUGUAUUGAUUACAGUCCCAGCUCUAAAGCCUUAUACUCAUGUCUUAAGUAUUAUUGAUUGUUCUAUGAAUUGUUGUUAGUUUCCUAUUUGGCAUCACAGUUAUCCACCUUGCAGUUAAGCUUUGGCAAAAAGGAUAUUACUUGGUAUAUUCUUAUUUCUGGUUGACUAUUGAAUUUAUAAUUCAACAACUUCAUUCUUUGUCAUUAUAAUCCAAAAAUGAAAGCCACAUAGAACUCUAAAUUUCUCACUUCACAAUGGAAUCAAUACAGAUUUAGCAGCAUAGUACAUAACAGCAUCCAAGGAUUUUUCCACAUGUUUACCAAGUUUACCAACCAUUUACUGUAUAUUAGAUCAGUGGAUUUUCUGUUUUUCUGAGGUGAAUGACUUAUUAGCCUCAGUAAGAAAUUUUCACGAAAGUCACAGAAACAUUAAGUCCAAUAAACCACCAGAAGACAGAUUUUUAAUUUUUUUGAAAUCUUAUAUUGUAUUUCCUUUUGAUAUCACUUAUUCAUUUUAAUUUUAUGACUGCCAACUUGUUAUGGUAUUAAUUAUAUGUAUAUGUUUAUAUGUAUGCAUAUAAUAUAUGUAUAUGUAUAUGAAGAAUAAAGUUAAGAUUUGGUCAAACUAUAUUUUCCCAUUCAAGUACAAAAAUGUUUUCAAGGCUGCAAAAAGUGUACAGUUGUUAAACAAGUUGUAAAUAAAGACUUGUAUAAAAAUUCA